UUGCACUGCAGAAAUGUAAUUGCACUGAAUUAAGAAUUAAUUGAGAUGUUAUCAGCCAAUCAGAAUUGAGUAAUUUUUUCAUGUAUAUUAUUAAUGUAAGAAAUCAGUUCUACAAAAUAAACUUUUCUUCCAUAGGGGCCAUGAAAAGAGGACAUCAAGAUUUCAAUUUGCUUAUAUUAACGUUGCUGUCAAGUUGUUCCUUGAUAUUAUCAAAAGACACAUCAGUUACACUUGUUUUUGUGGGUGAUAUUGCUCCUGAUGGUGUUAUCUUUUACCAAGACAAGCAUGCAUAUUGUUCUUACAACCAAACCUUCGAACUAGUUGCUCCACAUCUUCAGCAAUCAGACCUAACCAUUGGCAACCUUGAAGCGCCUUUUGUUACUGAGGACAUGGAAAAAUAUGAAAGCAAAGAAUAUUAUCCCAGACUAAGAAGUAAGCCAGAGAGUGCAUACAGUUUAAAAUAUGCAGGUUUUAAUAUACUUGGUUUAAACAACAACCAUUUGACUGACUUCAAAGAAAAACCUAUUAAAUUUACUGUUAACCUUCUCAACAAAAUCGGGAUCAAGACAUUUGGAUAUACGUCUGGAACUAUCAAAGAAAAUAGGCCACAGAUCCCGCUUAUUGUUAACGUCAGAGGCAUCAAAAUUGGUUUCCUGGGAUACUGCGACAUAUUUAAAGUUAAAAAUCUUGAAACAUUUCAUUAUACCUGUAUCAUUCGUCAAGGAAAUGGCACGCUUGGUCCUGCCAUUUACACUGAUGAGAAUGCAUCUCGAGAUGUCACAGCACUGAAGAAAAAUGUAGAUAUUGUGGUCGUCUCCAUGCACUGGGGGAAAGAAUAUUACACAAAUUUAACCGAAACCCAAUUACAUCACUAUGUUCACCUGAAAAACUUGGGUGUUCAUUUGAUCAUUGGUAGCCAUCCUCACGUUCUGCAAGGUCACACAGCUACCAAAUCCUUUUUGACAGCUUUCAGUCUUGGAAACUUUUUAUUUGAGCCACAUGGAUCUUAUCAAGGCGUGAGUAUAGCAAUCUUUUGA